GACUCUCUUCCUUCCUUCCCUUUUUUCUUACGCAAUAUACAGAAAUGCGCGAGGCGGUGGUUGGUUUUCGUUUCUUCUUGGUGGUUGUGGGCAUGCAGUGGAAUUGUUGAGAGUGCGUGUGUGAGCUAUGGACAGUGUUGACUUCUGAGUGUGGUCUUCCAGGCGACAGGUUGUGUGUCCCAAGUGUGAUGGUGCUUGUGCUGUUCGGUGUAUAGAUUUGGAUUCUCCGAGGCCCUUCUGCGUUUUCAUCGUUGUAGAUACAAUUAUGCUCGUUUGCCUUCUCGACAUGUAUGUUGGGUUGCUUGAUCUCGAUUGUGUUUGGAUAGUCUCGUCGUUGUUUUGGACGUCCGUGAUCCUGACUACCUUGGGUCGUGCGCCUAGGAGCGAUUGCAUUUGAUCGGUUUCGUUGUGUCCUGCUGGACAAUGUUUGGGCCUGACCGAGUCGGCUUGUGGGGCAGUGUUGGGCUGUGCUUGCUUUGCUUCCCUUCUAUGCGGCUGGUCCGCGAGUGGCCUUGUCCACCCCGGCUUGUGUGGCUGUGUGCUAGUGUCCUUUGGAAGUGCAUUUGUAAAUCGCUGGGGGUGGAGGGGAGGGCGAACGAGCGAGAGAUGGAUGCGCAAGUUGAGGAGGCGGCAUGGGGGCGGGGUGAGGGAUUUCACAUUUUAUUCCAAUUUAUGAUGUAUUCGGAAGCCAGUGUUGGCUUGGAUGAGCAGCUGGAUCAGCGGCUGCUCUGUCCGGAGGCCAGUCUGUGCCUCAGUGUUGGAGGGGUUUGUUAGUGAGUGGGAGCCUCUUCCAGGCUGGAAGCUGAGCAGCGUUCGCGGAGGCCCGCGCCUUCAAGCCGGUAGCCGCCAGCUUCGGUUCCCGCGGCACUCAGGCUUCGUCCAUUUCUGGAUGACGGAGCAGCCGCCGAGCGAGGCGGCACACAGUGACCCCCCGCUAGAGGGACGGGACGCGGCCGAGGCCCGCAUGGCCCCCCCGCACCUGGUCCUGCUGAACGGCGUCGCCAAGGAGACGAGCCGCGCGGCCCCGGCGGAGCCCCCGGUCAUCGAGCUGGGCACGCGCGCCGGCGGCCCGGGGGGUGGCCCCGCCGGUGGGGGCGGCGCCGCGCGGGACUUAAAGGGCCGCGAGUCGGCGGCGGCCGAAGCGCGCCAUCGGGUGCCCACCACAGAGCUGUGCAGACCACCCGGGCCCGCGCCCGCCUCAGCCCCCGCGGAACUGCCCGGCGACGGCCGCAUGGUGCAGCUGAGCCCGCCCGCGCUGGCGGCCCCCGCCGCCCCCGGCCGCGCGCUGCUCUACAGCCUCAGCCAGCCGUUGGCCUCUCUCGGCAGUGGCUUCUUUGGGGAGCCAGAUGCCUUCCCUAUGUUCGCCACCAACAACCGAGUGAAGAGGAGACCCUCCCCUUAUGAGAUGGAGAUUACUGACGGUCCCCACACCAAAGUCGUGCGGCGCAUCUUCACCAACAGCCGGGAGCGAUGGCGGCAGCAGAAUGUGAACGGGGCCUUCGCUGAGCUCCGCAAGCUAAUCCCCACACAUCCACCAGAUAAGAAGCUCAGCAAGAAUGAGAUCCUCCGCCUGGCCAUGAAGUACAUCAACUUCCUGGCCAAGCUGCUCAAUGACCAGGAGGAGGAAGGCACCCAGCGGGCCAAGCCUGGCAAGGACCCUGUAGUGGGGGCUGGCGGAGGGGCUGGGGGAGGAGGGGGCAGCGCGCCUCCAGAGGAUCUCCUGCAGGAUGUGCUCUCCCCGAACUCCAGCUGUGGCAGCUCCCUGGACGGGGCAGCCAGCCCGGACAGCUACACAGAAGAGCCAGCACCCAAGCACACAGCCCGCAGCCUCCAUCCUGCCAUGCUCCCCGCCGCGGAUGGAGCCGGCCCUCGGUGAUGGGUCUGGGGCCACGCGGGACCAGCCAGGCGGGUGCCCUCAGGCUGCUGGGACCAUGGGCUUUAGGGUAGGUGGGAUGAGUUUUGGGCAGCUCUGAAGUAGGACAUGGACUUGAUGAGCUUUCCUUGAUGUCUGAACUUUGGGGAGUCCCAGCUGCCUCUGGGGCUGGUUUUCCUGUUUCCUGCCUCAGUAGGAGACCAGUAAAAUGGAGCAAAGUGGUAGGUACUUUUUAUGAAGACGGCACAGUCUUCCCCUUUUUCCAAAUCCCUAAGACUUUUUAAGUAAGAGGCUCAAGGGGCAUUGCUUUUGGCCUGGAGCACAGGAGCCCUGUCUUUGCUGAGACCUGGGCUUGUCAGCUCUCUCCGAGGCAUCCGGCAGCCUCUGCCUUGCCUUUAGCCCCUCCCAAGCUGGCUGGGGUGGCUUUUGUGGCCACACUGUCCAAAUAUAUAGGUACCCAAUAGCUCCCCAUUUCUUGAGCCUCAUCUUCACCCAGGCCCAUGUUGGUCCAUCCAGCUUGUCAGCUGCUGCAGAGAGUCACAAGCCCUGAGGUGCCUUCUUCAGGGUCUGGCUGAAGAAGAUGGCCAGUAGACAGCCUGCUCUCACCUAGCUGGGCCAGAAGGUCAGAAAACCCAGUAGCCCUUCUUGCCCUGGGGAUCUAAGCUCUGCUUUCUUCCCACUGAGAUUUGCCUUCCUCAUGCUUGUGGCUGUGGGGACCGAGACUGAGGCUGUGAGUGUGCCCCAUAGGUUUCGUUUGAAGGCAGACAAAGGAGAAAUGAUAGUGAAAUUGAGCAAAAGCUGUCUGGGGCACGUGGGCUUCAAAUCGUGGUGGUGUCUCAGAGCUACCUGCCUGUAUUUCCCAGGGACACGUUGCCGUUUGUGGGGGGCAUGGAUGUCCGUGUGCUGAUGGGCUCUGUGCUGGUCUUAAGAGGAGAUGUGCAGCCCUGUCUGGUGGUCUGGCUGUGCAGAGGGGCCUCCCUGUUGCAGGAUGGUUGACGGUCUGGGCUGUGUUCUGAAACCGAAUCGACAAAUUCCGUCCUAUGAAUUCCUGGUAUUUGGGAUUUUGCUUGACUUCAGUUAUUUUGGGACCUCAGGGUCUUGAUAUGACCAAGGAUCCAGCCCCACCUCUAGGCCCUGGGGAGCCCAGUGAGAGACCAGUUGAGACCCAUGCACAUUCCCUUUCACUUAGCAGGACCUUCAACAUCCCUAAGUCUGCAAAUUUCAGGCAUCACAAGUGUGUACGGGAGGCUGGCGUAACGCAUGAGGAGUGCUCCCCGCUAAAAGUUGUACAUGACAUUUUUGUAAAUCAGAUCCUUUCAUCUUUUAAAGAAAUUCUACUGCAAGUCCCUUGGUAAUGUGGAGAAUCCUUUUGUAGAGUGGACCUCUGCCCCCUCAUUGAUCUCCUGUGUCAAUCCAGAUGGUGGGACAUGAUUUUCUUCAGGUGAGGCCUGCCUGUGACCCACAUCCCAGGCCCAUGGAGCAAGCUGCACACGAGUCCCAUACACCUGUCAUUGCGUCCUCAAGUCAUCCCGGCCAGCUCUGAUGCUCUGGCUUUGCCCUGUCCAUAGCGAUGUGGAAGAACCAUCGCUGCAGCUGUCGGGAAAGGUCCUCACGCCUUGUGGGCUCCAGCUUGGUGGUUUGCCCUCACUGUGGCAGAGCCUCAGGGACAGUCACGUGCACAUGGAGAUGAUCCCUGCAUUCCCCACUCUUCCUUUUAAGUUGUGAGGUCCAGUUCGUGGGAAUGGAAGCCGCAUGGUUAACCCUUGUAGCACUCUCUCUCCCAUUUCAGCACCUCCCCACCCAUUAUAUUUUGACAAACAUUUGGAUGGGUUCUUUUCCAAUACUUGGAAGCUCCUGUAGGAAUCCCAUCUGUCCAAAGAUGGAACACCUUUUCUAGGUCUUAAGGCUGUGUCUGCUUCCAGUCGAUUAAUUUGACCUGGGAGUGAAAAGUGGCCACAGUGAGCAUGGUGAAUGGGUUUUAGGAGAUGGAUUAUACAUUCUAGCAGGAGCUUGAGCUUCUGGUCCCCUCUUCUCUAAGACUUGCAGUGUGACCUGGUAAAGUUCUCUCUCUGGAUGUCUCUCUCAUAAAUGCCCUGGUUUGGCCUGUCUCCUAUCACUGUGGUAUGGACUGAAUGGAAUCAUGGAAGUAGAAGCAUUUUGAGACCAUAAGGAACUCUGUUCCUGUCAGUAUCAUUCCUGCAGUGGGAUUUCUCACCCGGAGUCCAGGACCUAGACAGUGGGCCAGACUGCCUCUCUGUGCAGUAUUUGGGUAAUUUAGCUUCUAAACCACUUUAGCCCACUUCAGAAUUUUCUAGAUUAUUCUCAUCUUUCCAGAUUGACCUCAUUUCAGUCUCAUCCCAAAGCAAGGCAUAGAAGGGAGUCUAGCAGAGAAAUACGGGAUUGUGGGCAGAAUGUGUAAAAUGUAGUACAAGACAGGCCUAGGGAGGGGUAGGCAAAGCUUUUUGACUUUGUUAAGAACCAGAGAAGAUCCAUCAUUCUCACUUUCAUUUCCAGCAUCUCUCCCCACCAUACUCUUCUUCCUCUGCCUCCUCUUCACCCAUGAAUAUUCCCCAUCCAAGAAUAAUAUUUGUCAAAGAGGGGAAAAUGGUAAAAAACAUGAGGAGGAUAAAGAUGAUUUUAAAUGACUGGAGGGAAUCAUGUCUUUUAAGAAACAUUCAUGUUUUAUUUGUAGUGGCAAAUGACAAGAUGGUACAACCUUUAUCCUUUUCUGAAAGCAAAACAAAGGGCACAGCAUCUGUAGUCAGCCCACGACUGUCUCGGCCUUUGGGGGUGGUCUCGUCGUACUUGUGGUUUCAAUGGUACGUGGCCCCCACCGAAGGCUUGCCCCCGGCCCAUGUACAUAGCGCAUCGUUCCUGUGGGCGGGCCCAGCACUUUCCGUCAAUGUUGUACUGUACGUGAUGCGUUGCGUAGGUCUCUGCAUUUUUCUGCAGAAGAGGAGUAACCGCUCCAGGUACCUUGACCUUUGUACAGCCCAGAGGCCAACACUGUGGGCGUGUGACUCUUAGCGACAAAACCCAUGUGGUGAUGAUGUGUGUAUAUAUAUAAGGAUAUAUUGGGAAGAUUUCUAAAUAAAAGUUUUACAGAGGG